ACACCUCGGAUGGACUCGUAGUAGCUAGACAAUUCAGGCUAAGGCUUCUGACGAUAAGACCAUAUCGCGGGAUGUUUUUAGGCUCCGUCGGCCGUGGCCACUCGGCGGCCAAAGUGACAUGUGAGAAUAAGCGCUUGAACACGACGCGUCCCUCUUGCUCCCUCCAUCACUCCCCUUCCCCACAUCCCACUCCAGCUAAUUCUGUAGCGUGUAACGUUCGAUACCUAUUCUGACGGGCCAUUAAGCUUUACCACGUCUAACAGUCGCAACGAUGAGUAACUCCAGCCACGUUGGUGGUUAUUCCAUAGUGUACAUGCGACAUUUGCUCGAGGAAAAUGGACGUCGCUAUGGUAAUACGGAUCAUCUCCACCGGCGGUUCAUGGAGGUCGUCGGUAGUCCCAGGAGACCGCCCCCUCGUAUAGUGUUACCGAAAAGGAAGGACAAAAGGUUGCUGGUCCAGUCCGAACGGUCGGUGAGUGCGCUGUCAUGGACGUCCAUCGUGUCUUCCGUGCUUAUGAGUGCCAACUCACCAUGUAUUAGAAAGAUAGCAAUGCGAUGAAGUCGAACCAUGGCGUGCGGCCGUCACUUGCUGUCGAGACGGAGC